AUGCGUGUCGGACCCAGCACUUUGGCCUUACUGGCCUCCGCCAUCUCGGUCUUGGCGUGCGAUAGCUGCGAACAUCCUGAGAGAGAUGUCGUACUCACGAGACAUGUCCGCCGCGCGCAACCCGACGCUCAAGCAGCCACCAUCGCACCUCGCGGCCCUCUUUCAUGGGGUCAACUUAAUUUCCUCCACACUACAGACACCCAUGGAUGGCUUGAAGGCCACAUCCGCGAGCAGAAUUACGGCGCCGACUGGGGCGACUUCGUGAGCUUCGUGAAGCACAUGCGUCAGAAAGCAGACGACUUGAAUGUUGAUCUGCUGUUGGUUGACACUGGAGACUUACACGAUGGUGCUGGAAUCAGCGAUGCCACUGGCGUUUCAUCAUACGCGAAUGGCACUGGUGUCAACGGCCAGAUCUCGAACCCGAUUUUCGAGAAGCUGGAUUACGAUGUUCUGGCUAUCGGGAACCACGAGUUGUACAUCUCCACGAUCGCUUACGAGACAUUCAGCCAGUUUGCCAAGACCUACGGCGACAGAUAUCUCACAAGCAAUGUCCAAAUCCGUAACCCGAGCACUGGGGAGCUUGAAUAUAUCGGCAAGCAAUACAGAUAUUUCACUACUCCGAAGGGUCUUCGAAUCAUGGCUUUCGGAGUUCUGUUUGACUUCACUGGCAACUCGAAUGCUUCGGCUGUCACUAAAGCUGCCACCAUGGUAAAACAAUCAUGGUUCCUUGAUGCCGUCAACCACCCGGAGCCCAUUGAUCUGUUCUUGGUGGUUGGCCACAACCCUGUCCGUCCGACGCAAAGCAGCAGCACGUUGAAGACUGUUUUCGACGCCAUUCGCGCAAUCAAGCCCGACACCCCGGUUCAAUUCUUCGGCGGUCACACUCACAUUCGUGACUUCGCCGUUUAUGAUGAAAAGUCCACCGCCCUGGAGUCCGGCAGAUACUGCGAGACGCUGGGUUGGCUGUCUUUGACUGGCGUCAAGUCGAGCAACUACAAGGGCGCGCUCUACCCGGAGGGCGUUCCCAACCCUACUCAAAAGGCGGUCGACGUGGCUACGAAAAGUGCUUCUUCUAGUCUUGCGUCCGCUACCAGUGCAUCCAACAUGACGUACUUCCGCCGCUACCUGGAUUGGAACACCCUCACCUUCGAAUAUCAUGCAGUCGGUAGCCAGGUCAAGACGUUCAACACUACCAAGGGAGUCAGCGUGUCAAAGGAGAUCACGGCCGCCCGGAAGAACUUGAAUCUGACUUCUCUUUACGGAUGCGCCCCUCAGACAUGGUGCAUCAGCUGCGCUCCUUUCAUGUCAGAGGGAUCCAUGUUUAACUUGACCACGACAGCUUUGGCAGCUACCAUCGUCACCAAGGAGAGAGAAGCAACACCCAGAAUCAUUAUUGCCAACACAGGUCACAUUCGUUUCGAUCUUGCCCAGGGACCAUUCGACUAUGACUCCUCUUUCAUCGUCUCCCCCUUCACUGAUGGUUUCCAGUACAUCCCCGAUGUCGCAUGGUCUCUUGCCAAACAAGUGACUGAAGGCUUGGAAUCAGGCAACUUUCCUUCGAAGAGAAAGCGCUCUUUGACGUCCGACUCGUUCGGAUUCAGCACGGUGAACCCGGCCCUGUCCACCGUCGACAAGUGCGUCGACCCGCCCGUGUCCCAUGACCACUUGUCGAGACGCUCAUACGCCGGAGGCCGUAUCGUCCGCCGCCAGGCCGUCACUCCAGGUUACACCACCACCGACGACUUUGGCACGGAUGGUGACGACACAGUUCACACCGAGAUACCAUACUACGAUUACCCAAACUUCUUCCAGGCGAACGGCAGUUUCCCCAGCAGCGGUACUCUCGCAGACGACGACAAGGUUGACUUGAUCUUCUUGGACUACGUCGCCGGUUCUGUUGUCUCCGUCCUGCGCUCGUUGGGAGCCAACUACACUUCGGAAGACGUGUCCUACUAUCUUCCCAGCACGUUCACAACCAAUUCGUAUCUUCCGGAAUACGCCAAGAUCACUGCAUCAUGGCAGGCCGACGUGCCUAACUGCCCGGUUGGCUUGGGUAUUGGAUACAACGCAACGGCGUGA